UUUCGUUUAUUAUAAAAGUGGCAAUUAUUUUGAUUUAAUUGAAAUUAUUUUUUACUAAAUGAGUUCUCCGCCAUGCGGAAUUGUAAAUUGUUUCUGAAAUAGAACAGUACGGUAACACCUACCUUAUAUAUAAGAAUAAAAAAUAAGAAAAGGCGCUGGCCGAGGUUAUCAAAAGAAUUUGAUAAGUAUAUUCGAAUUUGGAAGCACUGUAGCUGUACAAAAACAAAGUUUUUGAAAGAUUACGAUAAUAUGUGAUAACUUUACGAUCUAGUGACAUUUAUGAUUUAAUCAUUUAACAAAAGCCGUUCACCUUCAGAACUUUGAAGUGGUUUGUGGUCUAAAUAAAUUCGCAAGCAGAAAAAAAAUAAUUGUAGUUAAACAUGGCUGAAACAGUUGGAAAGGUUAUAAAAUGUCGUGCUGCAGUUGCUUGGGAACCUAAAAAGCCGCUAACUAUUGAAAACGUAGAAGUUCAUCCGCCAAAAGCUCAUGAAGUUCGUGUAAAAAUUAUUGCAACUGGCGUUUGUCAUACAGAUGCAUAUGCUCUAGGUGGACUUGACGCUGAAGGUGUAUUCCCAGUAAUAUUAGGGCAUGAAGGUGCUGGUAUUGUAGAAAGUGUUGGAGAAGGUGUAACGAAGUUUAAACCUGGGGAUAAAGUAAUUCCUCUGUACAUUCCACAAUGUGGUGAUUGCGAAUACUGUAAACAUCCGAAAACCAAUCUUUGCCAAAAAGUAAGAGCUACCCAAGGAAAAGGUGUAAUGCCUGAUGGUACAACACGCUUUAGUUGUAAUGGUAAAGCAAUCUAUCAUUUUAUGGGAACUUCAACUUUCUCUGAGUACACAGUUGUUACUGAUAUUAAUUUGUGUAAAAUAAAUGAAAAAGCACCAUUAAACAAAGUUUGCCUAUUGGGUUGUGGAAUUCCAACUGGAUACGGAGCUGCACUAAAUACCGCUAAAGUUGAACCAGGCAGCGUUUGCGCUAUUUGGGGUCUUGGUGCUGUUGGUCUUGCAGUUGCCAUGGGUUGCAAAGCAGCAGGUGCAUCAAAAAUUUAUGGUAUUGAUAUUAAUCCUGCCAAAUUUGAAGUAGGUAAAAAAUUUGGUGUUACUGAUUUUGUAAAUCCAAAGGACCAUGGUGAUACACCAAUACAAAAUGUUCUUGUUGACAUGACAAAUGGUGGAUUUGAUUUUACUUUUGAGUGUAUAGGAAAUGUAAAUACAAUGAGAUCAGCUUUAGAAGCAUGUCAUAAAGGAUGGGGUACCGCCGUUAUUAUUGGUGUUGCUGCUUCUGGUCAAGAAAUUUCAACAAAACCGUUCCAAUUAAUUACGGGAAGAACAUGGAAAGGAACUGCAUUUGGUGGAUAUAAAAGUGUUGAAUCAGUACCAAAUUUAGUCGACUCAUACAUGAAUAAAAAAUUAAUGGUUGAUGAAUUUAUUACACAUACCAUGAACUUAAAUGAUAUUAACAAAGCAUUUGACUAUAUGCAUGAAGGUAAAAGCAUUAGAAGUGUUGUAGAGUUCUAAAGUGAAAAAAAAAAUAAUGUUAUGAAUUCUUUAUAUUUGGUCUUUUGUUAUAAAUUACAUUUUUAUAUUACUAUGUAUAUUAAAUAUUACAAAUGUAUACAGUUCUUUUUUGCUACGAAUAAAAUUUGGCGUAUUGAGAAAUUUUA